GGUACGCAGUCUGUACGCUCGUGCGCACCGGGUACGCAGUCUGUACGUACGUAAGCGCGCGGCGCGAAACGGUGCGGAAGCUACCGUGCCGAUACCGGCACGUGGGGUCCGGCGAGAUGGAGCGGGCGAUACAGGCUGACGCCAAAGUCUAUAGUGAGGCUGGAACAGAGUCCAGCCCUCGGGGCUCCGGCUGUAGCCUCCGGCACUUUGCUUGUGAACAGAACCUGCUGUCUCGGCCGGAUGGCUCUGCUUCUUUUCUGCAAGGUGAUACCUCUGUCCUGGCAGGUGUGUAUGGGCCAGCCGAGGUGAAGGUCAGCAAAGAGAUCUUCAACAAGGCCACGCUCGAAGUGAUCCUGAGACCAAAGAUCGGGUUGCCUGGUGUAGCAGAGAAGAGCCGGGAGCGGUUGAUCAGGAACACUUGUGAGGCAGUGGUGCUAGGAGCGCUGCACCCACGCACCUCCAUCACCGUGGUGCUCCAGGUAGUCAGCGAUGCAGGCUCUGCUCAGCUCCUGGCCUGUUGCCUGAAUGCUGCCUGCAUGGCAUUGGUGGAUGCAGGUGUGCCCAUGCGAGCCCUGUUCUGCGGGGUCACCUGUGCCCUGGACUCUGAUGGGACCCUGGUGCUGGACCCCACAGCCAAGCAAGAAAAGGAAGCGCGAGCAGUCCUGACCUUUGCUCUAGACAGUGUGGAACAGAAGCUACUCAUGUCCACCACCAAGGGGCUCUACUCUGAUGCCGAGCUCCAGCAGUGCCUGGCUGCUGCCCAGGCCGCCUCACAGCACGUCUUCCGCUUCUACCGGGAAUCGCUGCAGAGGCGCUACUCCAAGAGCUGAGGCCAGCCGCGCAGGGCGCCCCUCCCACUGCCACCAUCUUCAGGCUGGACAAAGCCAGUGCCCAGCCUGCCCUCUCUGUCCAGGGUGCCCAUGUGGCCUUUGGCACCACAGCUGCAGGACUUCUAUUGGGAGGGGCUUGGCCCCUGACAGCCAGCCUAGGUUAUAGACCCCUCCUCCCAAGGACGGCAUUAAAGGAGUCCCCGUGUUGAUGAAUGA